UCACGUGGGCGCCGGGAUCCGGGCCGGAAUGGCUGGGAGCGCAGAGAUCAUCAUUUCAAUCUAAGGCCCAAAACCAAACACUUGCUUGGAUUGAUGGACUAUAAAUACUAAAAGCAACAUGGAAAAUGAACCAGACUAUGAGAAUGUGGAACAGAGCCUUUGUGCCAAGACUGCUGAAGAAGAACUGAAUAAGUCUUUCAAUCUAGAAGCUUCACUUUCAAAAUUCUCUUACAUAGAUUUGGACAAGGAACUGGAAUUCAAAAAUGAUUUGAUUGAUGACAAGGAGUUUGAUAUUCCUCAAGUUGAUACUCCUCCAACUCUGGAAAGCAUACUAAAUGAGACUGAUGAUGAAGAAGAAUCUUUUGUUCUUGAGGAUCCUACACUGCUAAACAUUGAUACUAUUGAUUCUCACUCCUAUGAUACUUCAUCUGUGGCAAGUUCAGAUAGCGGUGACAGGACCAAUUUAAAAAGGAAGAAAAAAUUACCUGAUUCUUUUUCACUCCAUGGAUCAGUUAUGCGACAUUCACUUCUAAAGGGAGUUUCUGCCCAGAUAGUGUCUGCAGCUGACAAAGUAGAUGCUGGCUUGCCUACAGCAAUUGCACAAGGUUCCUUACCCCUGCAAAAAGAUCAGAAUCAAGCAUUGCGGCUCUGCUUGGGUAGCACUAGUGUUGGAGCUCAGUAUGGUGCCAUCUCUGCCCUUAGCAUCAACAAUGACUGCUCCAGACUUCUUUGUGGGUUUGCUAAAGGCCAGAUCACCAUGUGGGAUUUGGCCAGUGGAAAACUUCUCAGAUCAAUAACAGAUGCUCAUCCUCCAGGAACAGCAAUAUUGCAUAUCAAGUUCACAGAUGAUCCAACUCUUGCGAUUUGCAACGACAGCGGAGGUUCUGUUUUUGAAUUGACAUUUAAGAGAGUGAUGGGAGUGAGGACCUGUGAAUCUAGAUGUCUCUUCAGUGGCUCUAAGGGUGAAGUGUGCUGCAUUGAACCUCUACAUUCCAAGCCUGAAUUGAAAGAUCAUCCCAUCACACAGUUUUCAUUAUUGGCCAUGGCAUCCUUAACAAAGAUACUGGUCAUUGGAUUGAAACCAUCCUUGAAAGUGUGGAUGACUUUUCCCUAUGGACGGAUGGAUCCCUCCAGUGUUCCAUUGCUGGCCUGGCACUUUGUGGCAGUGCAUAAUUAUGUGAACCCCAUGCUUGCAUUCUGCAGAGGUGAUGUUGUUCAUUUUCUGUUGGUUAAGAGAGAUGAAUCUGGAGCAAUACAUGUUACUAAGCAAAAGCACCUUCACCUGUAUUAUGACCUUAUCAACUUUACUUGGAUAAACUCUCGCACAGUUGUGCUCCUAGACAGUGUGGAGAAGCUGCAUGUGAUCGAUCGGCAGACACAGGAGGAACUAGAAACAGUGGAGAUCUCAGAGGUUCAGUUGGUCUAUAAUAGCAGCCACUUUAAGUCACUUGCCACCGGAGGAAAUGUUAGCCAGGCCCUGGCUUUGGUUGGAGAGAAGGCUUGUUACCAAUCCAUCAGUAGCUAUGCUGGUCAGAUCUUUUAUUUGGGGACAAAAUCUGUUUAUGUGAUGAUGCUGAGGAGUUGGAGAGAGAGAGUGGAUCAUCUCCUGAAACAAGAUUGUCUUACAGAAGCCUUGGCUCUGGCAUGGUCUUUUCAUGAAGGAAAAGCCAAAGCAGUGGUGGGGCUAUCAGGGGAUGCCAGUAAACGAAAGGCUGUUGUUGCUGAUCGGAUGGUCGAAAUCCUAUUCCAUUAUGCAGAUAGAGCUCUGAAAAAGUGCCCAGACCAAGGAAAGAUUCAAGUAAUGGAGCAGCAUUUCCAGGAUACAGUGCCUGUCAUCGUGGAUUACUGCCUGCUGCUGCAGCGAAAGGAUCUUUUAUUUAGCCAAAUGUAUGACAAAUUAAGUGAGAAUUCAGUGGCCAAAGGAGUGUUUUUGGAGUGCCUUGAACCAUAUAUUUUAAGUGAUAAAUUGGUGGGGAUCACACCCCAGGUCAUGAAAGACUUAAUUGUUCAUUUCCAAGAUAAAAAGUUAAUGGAAAAUGUGGAAGCCCUCAUUGUACAUAUGGAUAUUACCAGCCUAGACAUUCAGCAGAUAGUUCUCAUGUGCUGGGAAAAUCGUCUCUAUGAUGCUAUGAUCUAUGUCUACAACAGAGGCAUGAAUGAAUUUAUUAGUCCCAUGGAGAAACUUUUCAGAGUCAUUGCUCCUCCUCUGAAUGCAGGAAAAACGCUAUCAGAUGAGCAAGUUGUCAUGGGCAAUAAGCUUCUUGUAUAUAUUAGCUGCUGUCUGGCAGGUCGUGCAUAUCCCCUUGGUGACAUCCCUGAAGAUCUUGUCCCCUUGGUUAAAAACCAGGUUUUUGAAUUUUUGAUUCGCCUGCAUUCAGCAGAAGCAUCUCCUGAGGAAGAAGUCUAUCCUUAUGUCCGGACUUUGCUACAUUUUGACACAAGGGAAUUUCUGAAUGUAUUGGCACUGACCUUUGAAGAUUUUAAAAAUGACAAGCAAGCUGUGGAAUACCAGCAGCGAAUUGUGGAUAUUUUGUUGAAAGUUAUGGUGGAGAAUUCAGAUUUCACUCCCUCACAAGUAGGAUGUCUCUUUACUUUCCUGGCACGGCAGCUUGCAAAGCCUGACAAUACCUUGUUUGUGAACAGAACCCUCUUUGAUCAGGUUCUUGAAUUCCUCUGUAGUCCUGAUGAUGACUCCAGGCACUCUGAGAGACAGCAGGUCCUUUUAGAAUUGCUGCAGGCUGGAGGCAUAGUUCAAUUUGAAGAGAGCCGACUCAUCCGCAUGGCAGAAAAAGCUGAGUUCUAUCAAAUUUGUGAAUUUAUGUAUGAACGUGAACACCAAUAUGACAAAAUUAUUGAUUGCUACUUGCGUGACCCAUUGAGAGAGGAAGAAGUCUUUAAUUACAUUCACAACAUCUUGUCCAUUCCUGGCCACAGCGCUGAGGAGAAGCAGUCUGUGUGGAAGAAAGCAAUGGAUCAUAUUGAGGAACUUGUGGCUCUGAAGCCCUGUAAGGCUGCAGAUUUGAUUGCGACCCACUUUUCUGCACAGAUUGAAACCGUCAUUCAAAAACUUCAGAACCAAGUUUUACUUUUCAAAUUUUUGAGGAGUCUUCUUGAUCCAAGGGAAGGUAUUCAUGCAAAUCAUGAGUCACUACAAAUAUCUCCCAGUAUUACAGAGCAGUUCAUUGAACUAUUGUGUCAGUUUAAGCCACACCAAGUUAUAGAGACACUGCAAGUCCUUGAGUGCUACCGGCUGGAAGAAACUAUUCAGAUUACUCAGAAGUAUCAGCUCCAUGAAGUCACUGCUUAUCUAUUGGAAAAGAAAGGAGAUAUUCAUGGUGCUUUCUUGAUAAUGCUAGAGAGACUACAAAGCAAACUUCAAGAGAUAACACAUCAAGGUGAAAGUACUGAAGAAGAUUCCUCACUGAAGGAUGUUGAAGGUACCAUUGUAGAGACGAUUGCACUUUGCCAAAGAAAUUCCCAUAAUUUGAACCAGCAGCAACGAGAGGCACUCUGGUUUCCAUUAUUGGAAGCAAUGAUGGCCCCACAGAAGCUGUCCAGCUCAGCCACCCCUCAUCUCCACUCCGAAGCUCUGAAAUCUUUGACCAUGCAAGUUCUCAAUAGCAUGGCAGCAUUUAUUGCUCUUCCAUCAAUCUUGCAAAGAAUCUUACAGGACCCAGUUUAUGGAAAAGGAAAACUUGGAGAAAUCCAGGGACUUAUUCUGGGAAUGUUAGACACCUUUAACUAUGAACAAACUCUACUAGAAACAACAACCAGCCUUCUAAACCAAGAUCUCCACUGGUCAUUGUGUAACCUGAGAGCUUCGGUCACAAGAGGGCUGAAUCCUAAACAGGAUUAUUGCUCAGUAUGUCUGCAGCAGUACAAGAGACGCCAAGAAAUGGCUGAUGAAAUUAUUGUCUUUAGCUGUGGCCACUUGUAUCAUUCAUUCUGUCUACAAAACAAAGAAUGCACCGUAGAAAUCGAGGGGCAAAUGAGAUGGACAUGCUACAAAUGCAGCUCAAGUAACAAAGUCGGAAAACUAAGUGAAAAUUCAUCUGAAGUUAAACAAGGAAGGAUAACCCCAUCACAGGUAAGACCUGUUUCU